CACUAUCGACAUCAACAUCAUCAUCGACAACCAUCUUCUGAUCAUCUGAAUCAAAAACAUCACCGUCACCCCCUACAGGAUGACUUACAUCAACAGCAUCACCAACACCCUUCUCCAGGUGACCUGCAUCAUUCUUCACGCCGGCAACUUUCUCCGGAUGACUUGCAUCCUCCUCCUCCUGAUGACCACUGUCAGAAACAUCAGAACGCGGGGGAACAGAAACAAGGCACCCUAACCAGGAUCAAUUAUGAAGAGAAAGAAAUAGAGGAGAAAGAAUCUAUUGAACCAACCCAGAAACACUCCCAGAUAGCAGCCACCUUGAACUGGUUAAAUGAUAAUUAUGAAAGAUCAGAAGGGGUGUGUCUACCAAGAUGUGUUCUCUAUACACAUUAUUUAGAUUUCUGUAAAAAAAAUUCUUUCCACCCGGCUGGUGCGGCUACAUUUGGAAAGAUUAUAAGACAGAAAUUUCCCAAGAUAACAACACGUCGACUGGGUACGAGAGGACAAUCUAAGUAUCAUUAUUAUGGUAUAGGUAUAAAAGAAUCGUCUAUUUAUUAUCAUUCUGUUUAUUCUGGACGAGGACUCACAAGAUUUUCUGGAACCAAGAUGAAAACGGAGGGAUAUAAUCGUAAAUAUUCUCUGAGUUCUAAAACUGGUACUUUAUUACCAGAGUUUCCUGAUGUUGAUAAUCUGAUACUGGCGACUUCUAUAGAUAGAGAUAAGAUGAAGACGUUUAUGAUGAUGUAUAGAACACACUGUCAGAGAAUACUGGAUACAAUUAUCACUGCUAACUUUGAAGAGGUAGAAAGUUUUCUUCUUCACUUUUGGCAAGGUAUGCCAGAUCACCUUGUUAGUCUAUUAGAUACGUCAAUAAUCUCUGACGUCAUCGCUUUAUGUGACUCUAUUUUAUACAAGGUUUUAAUCGAUGUUCUUAUUCCAUCAACAAUACAAGAUAUGCCAGAAAGUCUAGGAACUGAAAUAGAAAGUUUCAUCAGACAUUUACCAAUGUGGUUGGAAAUCUCUCUAGAAGAUACGCCAUGUCACAUUCAAACAGUUAAAUUACAAGUGUCUAGAAGUUUUAUACAGAGUGUAAAACGUCAGUUAUCAUUUGUUCAUUUGGCACAGACAGCUCGAAGUGUUUUAACCAACCUAGAAACUAUCACCAACAUGGUGGACGAUCUUACAGACGUCGAUUUAAAGGAGAUUUCAGAUCAAGCUGCUUUUGUCCAACCAGCAGAUGACAAACAGAGGGAAGUUAUCUUUGAUUCAUUUGAAGAAUUUCAAAAUUUACUCAACAAACAGGCUACUGUGGAAAGUUUUACAGAAUGGAUGGAUGAAUUAAUAGAACGAUGUGUUCUCCAGUUUCCUACAAAACAAAAUGGCGGCUUCCAUGAGAGCAAAGCAGCUGACUUCCUGUUACAAUGGUCGCUGAUUGGUUCGUUAAUAAUGAGAGAUUUAACUUUACACAGCGCUUCUAGCUUUGGUAAAUAUUGGAUGGGAUCUGAAAAACUCUGAAUACGUCACAUCCUGUAAUAGAUAUUGACUCUAGCACAGGUCUAUAAUUGAUUCCUGUUUUUGUUCAAUGUUGGUUCAAAACAUUUAAAAGUCUUACUAUUUAACUGAAUUGCAAUUAAUAAAAACACAUAUAAAACCAUAGAAAUAUCAUGAAAUAUUUCAGGAUAUAAAUAAAC